UCAAAAAAUCAAAAAAAAAAUUAAAACUAUCAAAAUAACAAAAAAAAUAACGUUUUAAAAAUGCCUCAAGUUAUUGAACAAUUCACCAAGCUGCCAACCGCUUUUGGCUGCUCUCCGAAGCUACGCUCCGUAACUGACAACCAAAUCCGUGGCAUCUCCAUCGUCAAUGGACACGUUGCUCAGCUAUCGACCAAGAUCCGUACCUUCGUCGAGGAAUCCGUUGCCAUGUGUCAACCGGAUCGGAUCCACAUCGUCGACGGAAGCGAACUGGAAAGUGCCACCUUGAUCAAUACUCUUCACGCACUCGGAACCAUCCAACCGCUGCCCAAGUACGACAACUGCUGGCUAGCCCGAACCAACCCAGCGGAUGUGGCCCGUGUCGAGUCCAAAACCUUUAUCUGUACCCAGCGCCGCGAGCAGGCCAUUCCGACUCCCAAGGAUGGCGUCAAGGGAACCCUCGGCAACUGGAUCACACCCGAAGACUACGAGAAGGCGAUCCGUUCUCGUUUCCCUGGAUGCAUGAAGGGACGCACCAUGUACGUGGUUCCAUUUUCCAUGGGUCCGAUUGCUUCCCCAUUGUCCAAGUUUGGAAUUGAAAUCACCGAUUCGGCUUACGUUGUCUGCUCGAUGCGCAUUAUGACUCGCAUGGGCCUGGAAGUGCUGCAGAAGCUUGCCGAUAACUCCGACUUCAUCAAGUGCCUCCACUCCGUUGGUACCCCCGCUAACGGUAAAAUCACCAUGCCAUCUUGGCCAUGCGAUCCUGAACGUACCAUCAUCCUGCACAAGCCUGCCAACAACGAAAUCGUAUCCUACGGAUCCGGCUACGGUGGCAACUCUUUGCUCGGCAAGAAGUGCUUCGCUCUCCGUAUCGGAAGCACCAUUGCCCAACGUGAAGGAUGGCUCGCCGAACACAUGCUGAUCCUGGGCAUCACCGAUCCCAAUGGUGUCAAGAAGUACAUUGCUGCCGCCUUUCCAUCGGCCUGUGGCAAAACUAACCUGGCCAUGAUGACCCCAACCCUACCUGGAUAUGCAAUGGAAUGCGUUGGCGACGAUAUUGCAUGGAUGAAAUUUGAUUCCAAGGGACAGCUACGAGCCAUCAACCCUGAAAACGGAUUCUUCGGAGUCGCUCCGGGAACCUCAUCCGAAACCAACCCGAAUGCCAUGCAAACAGUUUACAAGAAUACCAUCUUCACCAACGUUGCCGCCACAUCCGAUGGCGGAGUUUUCUGGGAAGGUAUGGAAAAAGAAAUCGACCCUGAAGUAGAGAUCACUGACUGGCUGGGCCAGCCGUGGAAGAUGGGUGCAUCGAAGACCCCAGCUGCCCACCCGAACUCUCGAUUCUGCGCCCCGGCUAGUCAAUGUCCAAUCAUUGACCCCGCAUGGGAAGACAACGAAGGCGUACCAAUCUCAGCCAUUCUCUUCGGAGGACGUCGCCCAGAGGGUGUUCCACUGAUCUACGAAGCCAACUCGUGGGCUCAUGGAGUCUUCGUCGGAUCGGCCAUGCGAAGUGAAACCACUGCCGCCGCUGAACACAAGGGCAAAAUGAUCAUGAACGACCCGUUCGCAAUGCGCCCGUUCUUCGGGUACAACUUUGGUGACUACCUGAAGCAUUGGCUAAGCAUGGAGGAGCGCGCAGCUGCCGUGGGAGGGCACAUGCCCAAGAUCUUCCACGUCAACUGGUUCCGCAAGGGCUCGGAUGGAAAAUUCCUGUGGCCUGGAUUCGGUGAAAACUGCCGGGUGUUGGAUUGGGUUCUGCAGCGAGUGGACGAACACGAAUGCUACGAAGAAACCGCCAUCGGUCGCAUUCCGUCGAAGGGAGCUCUGAACUAUACCGAUCUGAGCAGUCCGGUCAACGAGAAAGAGCUGUUCUCGAUUCGGAAGGAUUUCUGGCUGAAGGAAGUCGAGGACAUUAAGCAGUACUUCGACAACCAGUUGCCGCACGAUUUGCCCCAGGAGAUCGCUCAGCAACUGGAUGAACUGAAGAGCCGCGUUGCGCAGAUGUGAAUUGUUCAA